CAACAACAGUUUUAUUUAAAUCUUUUUUUUCUUACAUCUUCCCCCUCCCUCCUCUUUUUUAAAGGCCUACAAAAUAUUUAUAAAAUCUCUCUCCGAAAAUUAAGAAAAAAAAAUUUUCAACAAACUUUUCAGAAGCUCCUCUCUUCUAUAAAUUUUUCUUUUCCCUCUAAUUUCUCCCCUUAAAUUAAUUGUUUAUUUGGGACUUUUAAAUAAAUAAAUAUUUAUUUAUUUUUAAAGGGGGGUCUAUGAAAAAAAUUUUUUUUCCUCUCCCCUUCUUCUUCCCUUUGUCUUCUUCUUCAAAAUGUGCUCGCGCAAUUUUCCUUCCUUCCCUUCAUUUUCCCUUUCUUUUAAAAGCAACAUAUAGCACGUUUUAAUCCCCACCUUCAUCCUCAACAACAACUAAAUGAGAGAGAGGGUCUGUCCUUUACUUUUUUUUGUUUUGUUUUGCACAUCAUCAUCAACUCUAUUAUUUAAAUAUAAAUCCUUUCCUCAUCCUCCUCGUCAUCGUCCUUUACCCUUUUGUAUAUGUCCUCUAUUUAUUUUUACAAUUUGUAUUUUUGUUGGUGAUUGUUUUUCUGUUUUUAAAAAAUUAUAA